CUGAUCCCCCUCCCCUGCAUCUGCCAUUUUGAACACAGACCUUGAAAAUUUAGCCAGAGGGAAUUGCCCGAUGAGGGGUCAUUAUUUGCCCCUGAAGUUAAACUCACCCAGGUUUAUUUUUUUAAAGCCUUUUUUAAAGCUAGGCAGGCCACCCAGCUGAGUGGCCAUUAGAUAGCCUGAGCUCCCAGCUUCCAUAAAAAGAAAUAAAUUUGGAAGUAAACAAAGAAGGCACUCAAAGACUCUCAAGUUUCGGCCUUCCAGCUUUCACAGCGAGCGCUUAGUGUGGCAAUGCCUCAGACUGCCUCUCAUGAAUUAAUAUUAAUGAAUCAAUCAAUCAAUCUUAUACCCCACACAACUAAUCUAGGUCCUUCCCAGCCUCCUCACCGUCCUCCUUCUGGCCCUGGGCUUGCUCCCAUCGUCCCUCCCCAGGUCUACAAAAACCACACCAGGGUUCUCCUGUGAGGAAACCAAGGCGGGAGCCGCCGCGUCUCCCUCUUCUCUCCCAACAACUGGAGGCGGGAGAGCCGGGUUUAUUGGUAUUACAGCGCCACUGAGUACAAUUUCCCGCGCCCCCUUCUACCCCCUCUGGCCUUGACUCCUUUCUCAUUAAUGCCCAUCUCGUUGCGUUUAGGUGGCAGAUACGAAGGAGCCCGUCGUGGGCCAUCUGCCGGGUACCGUCGGGAGUCCCUCUCCUAUAGGCCCCGGGCGGCCACUUUCGUUCUUCCCGUCUUCGUUCGGCCUUGCCUUCGUCCGUCGCAGUCCCUCAGCCGCUUUCGGGCCUUUCCGUGGAGGCCGUUCGGUUCUUUCCGUGUGUGGAGGGAAGGGAGGGGGUGUGCAAUGGGUGAGGGAGGGGGGCAGGAGGAGGAGGAGGAGGAGAGCAGCCGCGGCAUGCUCGGCGGCGCUUGCUCCCUGGUUUCCUCUCUCUCUCCCUCUCUCUCAGUCGGCCGCUGCUGCUUGCCGCCUGUCGCCGGGGCUGGGAGAGCCUGAGAGAGAGCGUGUGUGUGUUAUGUGAGUGACGCGGCGGAGGUGUAGUUUGACGCGGUGUGUUACGUGGGGGAGAGAAUAAAACUGCGGCGAGAGCCUAAGCGCGAACGAAAGCAGUGACGGAGCAGCCUCUAGCCGAAAACUAAAUGACAAUGGAAUCUGCUGCAGAGAACCAACAGAGUGGAGAUGCAGCAGUUACAGAGCCAGAAAACCAACAGAUGACGGUACAGGCGCAGCCACAAAUUGCAACAUUAGCCCAGGUUUCUAUGCCAGCAGCUCAUGCAACAUCUUCUGCUCCUACAGUGACCUUAGUACAACUCCCUAACGGGCAGACAGUUCAAGUCCAUGGCGUUAUUCAGGCGGCACAGCCAUCAGUCAUUCAGUCUCCACAAGUCCAAACUGUUCAGAUCUCUACUAUUGCAGAAAGCGAAGAUUCACAAGAAUCUGUGGACAGUGUCACAGAUUCCCAGAAACGCAGAGAAAUUCUCUCCAGGCGACCUUCCUACAGAAAAAUCUUGAACGACUUGUCCUCAGAUGCCCCUGGUGUGCCAAGGAUUGAAGAAGAAAAGUCUGAAGAGGAAGCAGCAGCACCUGCCAUCACCACGGUCACUGUGCCAACUCCAAUUUACCAAACAAGCAGUGGGCAAUAUAUUGCUAUCACCCAGGGGGGUGCAAUCCAGUUAGCUAACAAUGGCACAGAUGGAGUCCAGGGCCUGCAGACUCUAACCAUGACCAAUGCAGCCGCAACCCAGCCUGGCACCACCAUUUUACAGUAUGCACAGACCACUGACGGACAACAGAUUCUUGUACCCAGCAACCAGGUUGUUGUACAAGCCGCCUCAGGAGAUGUCCAGACCUACCAAAUUCGCACAGCACCCACAAGCACCAUUGCACCUGGCGUUGUCAUGGCAUCUUCCCCAGCACUUCCUACCCAGCCGGCAGAGGAAGCAGCAAGAAAGAGAGAAGUCCGUCUAAUGAAGAACAGGGAGGCAGCACGCGAAUGCCGCAGGAAGAAAAAGGAAUAUGUCAAAUGUCUAGAAAACAGAGUGGCAGUGCUUGAAAACCAAAACAAGACAUUGAUUGAAGAGCUAAAAGCACUUAAGGACCUUUACUGCCACAAAUCGGAUUAAUUUUAGAUCUCCAGUUUUUGUUCAUUAAUGCAGAGAAAGACUGGUUUGGUGACAGCCAGAAAGACGAAGUGGAUUUUUUAUUUUCUAAACAUUUUUUUUCUACGCGCAAAACUGCCUGACAGCAACUGCAGAAUUAAUUCGUCUGUGCUUUGCAUUAAACUGUGAAUGUUGAAACACCUGCCUCCACCUCUCCCCCAUUCCCUCCCUCCACUAUUUUCAUCACUAGUGUAUCCUGAGUCUGAAGAAGAACUGACUUUGUCAUCUCCCAUUCUCUUCAAGAAAUACUUACAUUCACUUAUGUUGCAAAAUUUCUGGGGUUGGGGGCAUGUCAUAAUGAUCUUAACAGUUAGUGCUGUGCUCGUUUGAAUGGAAUGCCUUAGUAGUGGUCACCCCAGCCUCUGCCCUGACGGGUCUGCUGGGCUACAUGCAUAACCAAGGUAUGAUGCACUGAGGAAACUGGGGCUGUCACUUGUUGCAUGGUUUCGGAUGUCUGAUAUCAAAACUAUACAAUUUACAGUUACUGGGUGGGAUGAUGCCAAAGGAUAUGUGUUACUUUAGGUGUAUGGGUUUCAAAGUAGGAGGAAUUGUAUGAGCGUACAGAAGAAUGGUUAGGGAGAGGGCAGGUUGGUCUCCUGCAACCUCUGUCUGGUUAGUCAACAUUUUUCUAUACUGAAAAGAUUAUUACCCUGAUUUUCUGUAAUUUUGGAAGAAUUGUCAUGUAUUUGGUUAUCUGAAUAUACAUAUAGAAAUCAUCAAAUACCUUUGAGGUACUGAUGAAUCCUGAACUCCUAGAAACCAGUAGGGUAGGAACAGUAAAGUAGAAAACAGUGAAACUGUUACACAGAAUAAUUCAUUAAAGCACUACCUUUUGUUGUUUUCUGUCCUAAGACAAGAUUCCCCAAGGCAGAAGCAUAACCACCAUAAUGUGCAUUUUAUGUGAAAAAAGAAAAAUGCACAGCCAUGCUUUCUAUAUCAUGGAAAUUCUACCUUUUAGAAUUGUCCCUUUUUAGGCCCUCCCCUUGAUGCUCCUUAAAAAGGAGCCAAUGUCAGUUCACACUUUUCAGUGCAGGUGAUGUGGUGGAGAAAAAUAUCUGUUAAAUAUUUGCCUGUUGUCUUGUUCAGCAAUGUGAAAUUUUUGCAAUGAACUGACUUCCCAAACUUUGACAGCCAGGUCUACAACCCACAUAUGCCAGCUAGCUCACGGAGGACUCUGUGAAUCUUCAACAUUUAUCUGUUUAGAAAUAAUGGCGAUUACCUACAAAAAAAUUAAAUCAACCUAUAGUAUCAAACUACCAACAUGAAUCUGACCAAACUCUGGGAGGCAGUGGAAGA